AUGCAACGCCAACUGGUUCUGCUUUAUCCGGAGGACAUCCUCGCUGGUCAAGACGUUCGUCUCCCCGCUCCCACGUACUUGAGCGUCGCAGACGACUUCCAGCCGGACACGGUCCUACUUGAAGCCACGGACGGCCAGGCCGACGUGAACGUGCUCGGCAUUUCGCUGUGGGUCCCUCGCCCGAUGCUGCGCCGCCCGGUUGCAGCGGUGGUCGCGUCGGGCACCAUUUACGGUCAGGUUGUUGCCUAUGCGGCGGCUCAACUUACCGUGCGCCACGCGCACGGCGUCACCCACGUCCCCGUUGCUCAAGCCGAGGAGAUUGCCCCCGCCCUGGUUUUCCUGUUGGCCCGGACGAAGAUCACGUUUCGGAGCGCCACGAGGGGCCGCCGUAGCAGGGCUGCCGUACACGCAACUAUCCUCAACCGUCUCCUUGGUCUGAACGGAGAGCAUUCGUCUCGCUCUAUUCGCGAGCUCCUGGCGGGGUUUGUACCAGCGGCGAAGCAGCCCCAGCCUUCGGACACUCUGCUGUGGUGCUGCCCGACUACUGACCGCGACACCCUGUGCCGUGUGCAACAUGUGAUUCACUUCGGGUACUCCGUCGUCGGCGGCUCUUCGCUGCCCUCGAACAUCGCCAUCGGUGUUACCUUUUGCGCUGAUCCGGGCGUCGGCGCUAGUCGCCAUAACGUUCCCCGGUCUGUCCACGCCCCUACUGCUGUGCGCGACUCGUCUCCAACUGCUGUGCGCGCGGAUUCGUCGGUCACCCAAUUCGCCGACCUGCUUGAUGCCCUCGAGGGGCCAAGGGAGGUCAACAACAGCACCAGCCCCGUGUCUGCAAGCGCGCGCCGUCAUUCCGAUCCAGAAGCAGGAUCCCGUCCAAGUCACUCGCCACCACGCGCACCUAUGCGAGUGGCCGUGCGGGUGGAGGUGAGGUCGGAGCCCAACCCGCCGGCCCCACCUGCGUCAGACCUGUCGGCUCCUGUACGGAUCAUGUCGCUCCUCGCGGACUAUCCGGACCUUCUGCAAACGUACGCCGGCCAACUUCAAAGACUGGAGCCAAAGCGUCGCCGAACGGACUACGGUGCUCCCUCAGACUUUGUGACCUCAGCCGAGGAUUUACCGGACCGCCAUGGGAGUUUCCGUCCGUCGCCGGCUCAACCCGCAGUUCACGAUCUGAUCACUGCGGAAGAACACCGAGGUAAGUCCCCUGUAUCGUUCGUUGAAUACGCUCCAUCUUCGUCGGCAACCAAGUUCGUUCCGCACCCUGCCAUCUUCAGCCGCCUGUACGACCUGAAUUUCGACGUCUGCGAACUAUCGAUCCUGCACUUCCGUCGUUUUGACAUGCACGCUCGGCUGGAACAAGCGGGCUCCGGUUCGGUCAACAUGCGCAACUACUCCGCCAAGGUGGACCUACCCAAGGUCACGUUGACCCCGAGCUAUUUUGACGUCGUCACGGCGUUACGAGUCCUCAACUCGUACGUCAACGAGUUCUUCAACGCUACGACACGUCGUCUACUUGCUGCGGCUGAAGAUUUCGCUGGAGAGCUGGAUGACUACGGCCACGGAGCUUUGCCUGCGGUCAUCUCGGCUCAAGGCUGCCCGUCGCAGUCUCCGGACCGAUGUACCCACCACUUCCUGGUCCACUUCACGCCGUCGACUCUCAAGCCCGCUGUCAAGUCGUACAUCGUGGAAAAGUAUGGUGGCCUACGGGCGGACCUCGCUUCGACCCUCUGA